GGGGUAUCCCCACAGCAGGAUCCAUGGCGUCACAGCUGGAGGGGGCCAUGGAGACCCUCAUCAACGUCUUCCACCACUACUCCGGCAAGGAGGGCGACAAGUACAAGCUGAGCAAGAAGGAGCUCAAGGAGCUGCUGCAGAGCGAGCUGGGAUGUUUCCUGGAGACCCAGAAGGACUCGGGGGCCGUGGAGAAGAUCAUGCAGGACCUGGAUGAGAACGGCGAUGGCGAGGUGGAUUUCCAGGAGUUCGUGGUCCUGGUGGCCGCCCUGACCGUGGCCUGCAACACCUUCUUCUGGGAGAACGCCUGACCCACCCCGCCUUCCCAAAAUCCAGAGAGCUCCCCCCACCCCCUGACCCCGCCACCCCCUCUCCGCUGUCCAGCAUUCCCAGGGGAUCCCGCUGGGAUCCAGCUCCGCAAUAAAGGCACCCACCCAGCC